GAAAUAGUUCUUUUCUCAGUUUGAACAUGUCUUAACAUUGAUCCUCGCUGCUUCCAUGAAUGGCCAGAUUCCACAUGUGACACUCACCAAAUUAUCUUAAUUCUUCCAGGAUGAAAAAUGGAUGCAGGAAGGAGUGACACAAAAUAUGAUAUAGUUUCUCCACAACAUCCAGAUGAAGCAUGCAGUACAAUUUCUCCCCAGAUGCUUAUGGAAGAAUCUAAUCAUGCUGCUUUUGAAGAUGUGGCAAGCUCAGACAUGCAGUAUACACAAGCACCACCUCAAAAUCAGUUGGAUGCAGAAUGCACUGAGCUGCUUUUGAACCAGCCAUGUACUGAAUACACUCAGCUCCUGGUAACUGAUGCUACAGCUGAUGAGCUGUGGCCUGUUGGUCUUUCCUCAGAGUUCAUUGAGCAGUGUGUGCAGACACUAGAUGUCAUCCAUGAUUCCAGUACUCUUACAGAGGCUGUGGAUGGUUUGGCGUUGCUGGCCCCUAGCAUGGUCUCAGUGGAGAGCUGGGACAGGAUAAUCUUUCAGGAAAAUGUUCAGGAGCCCAUGUCACUGGAAAAUUUGGAGGCCGGACAUUUUCAGAUGCUGGAAAAUGAGCCCACAGAAGAAGACAGCCCACCCAUGUCUGCCAUUAGUGAGGCAGAGAUAAGUGCACAACAUGAUGCCACAGAUUCUGUUCAGCCUCAUGUGGUCCAGUGUACUCCAGAAACCCACCAAGCAGAUGUCAAGGACUGUUUCGGUGCCUCCGGUCAACUCCGGCCAUCGUCCUCUCCCCUACCAGUGCUGACAUCUUCCAGCUGGGCAGAGCGCCCCGAUGGUCCCUCCCCACUCCUGGGUCACCAGGUGUGUCAGGCACCAGUGGAUAUCCCUGCCAGCUCCGUAUCCCGGGAGUUCAGCCACUCCCGUCUCCAGUAUCCCGCGCCGUCAGAGGGUCGCGCCGUCUGGACGCCGCCGGCCGCGGCGCGACUCUCCGAGGUCGAGUGUGAGCUGACCGUCAGCGAGGAGACGGAGCAGGAGGUGGCGCCGCCGGGCAGCGUGCCGCCGUCCGGGGAGCCGACCCCCUACCAGGAGCACAACUACGACUACCCGCUGGAGCCGCUGGUGGCCGGCGAGGUGCGCCCGAGCGCCGACCACCAGUACGCCUCGCGGCCGGCCUCCCCGGGCGGCGACGCGUGCUCGGCCACCGACCACCGGUACGCCUACAGCCCGCCGGCGGCGCUCACUGAGGAGGACCUGAUCCGCAGUAUCUCGGACCAGCUCGGCCUGCCCCAGGACCACGGCUACUCGCAGCGACAGGGCCCGGCGGCGGCACCGGUCGCUCCGCAGCCGCUGCCGGCUCCUGCAGCUCCGAGCCAGAGCACGGAGCCGCCGCCGGAGCUGGUCCCGGAGCCGAGUCUGGUGACGGAGUCUUGUCCGCCGGACUGGGAGCCGAUGCUGGACGAGCCGGCCGGCCACUGGGUGGACCCUAACCUGGUGAUGGGUCUGACCUCCGGGUGGCAGCGGGAAGAGGAGGUCGGUGCAGGGGACGAGGCUGGGGAAGGAACAGCGGACCUGCUGGACGGAGCCGACGCUGUGUUUCUUGACGAGGCUCUCUGGGAGUCGGGACUGGAGGUGUUGGAUGAAGAGGGCGAGAAAUACCUGGUCCUUGAUGUGGUCCAACCGAGUGAAGAAGAGCUGAAUGAGGCCACUCGUAUGGAGUGGCAGGAUAGUGGUAUAAGUGACGCUGAGCCGACGCCCGUUGAUAAGAAGACUUUGGCAGCGGCCGAGACGCCCGCCCGUCCCGUCGGCUCCGAUCCAGCGGUCUCAGAAUCCGACUCGGAGCUCACUCAGCUGUUGUGGGCCGUGGCUGGCUCUGCGCUGCUCUCCUCCGAGAGUGAUGUCCCUGCGAUAGAGUCUGAGCCGUCUCUGAGCUCGGUCCAGUCGGAGAAGUCAGACAAAGAAGCUGAGACUGAGGUGUUACAACUUCCCGCGACCGAUCAGCCAGCUCGCACGGCCAACGAAUCAGCGACGUCCACCCUGGCAACUGAUAACCUAUCGGCACUCGCCGCUCUGGCCUCGGUUGCAUCAAACGUCUUGGAUGAUUUCCCGGUCGAAACGUCGUACGCUCCAACGACUGAGACCGCUAAAGCGGUGACAGUCGCGGACCCUCCACUGGUGCGGGAUACCACAUGUGCUCGCGUACACCCCCAGAGUACUCCAUUCGAAAUUGCGGUCUCGUCCGCCAUGUCAUACGACUGGCCAGCUGAAGCUGCAGAGUCCAUAACCGCUGCUGUAGUAUCACAGUGCCCAGACACGACAGCGCCAGCACAGUUACAGCCCGCACGAUCAGCGGCUCCUUCUGUGACAAAGACCUCAGCGUGCCUCUCCACCAACAUAGUCAUCUCUCGGCCCGCGGCCGAUGACCUCUCUCCGCCGCGACUGCCGGAGCGCGACCCGGCGACCGCUGUGCUCGCCUGGCUGAGGCAGCGCGCCGCCGCCCAGCAGCCGGUGACCCGGGCCGGCCUGAGCGCCGAGCUGGCCGCUCUUCUUGGCCCCGACGGCCGCCGCCGGCUGUCUGAGGACGGCUCCUACCUGGCGCUAUGGCUCGACAGACUGGCCGCUGUGCAGGGGAAGAGAGUCACUGAGAAUGACUCCGGGGGAAAACCGGUGCGGAUAGGUUACCCGCCCCAGUUCAAACUGCUGCUGCUGCGGUUCGUCGAGUUCAUGACGGCGGAGGAGGUGGCUGCCGCGUUCUGCGUGCCGCUGGCCGUCGUCUACAAGUGGCGCGCGGCUCGGCGGCAGCUGGCCGAAAUGGCCGCCUCGGCAGCCGUGUGUGUGCGCGCCAAGGGCGGCGGCAAGAAGCGGCGCCCCACGGAGGUGGACGCCGAGUUCGCCGACUGGCUGCAGCGCCGCCGACGGGACACCGCCGCGCCGCCCACCUACCAGGAGGUGCGGCGGGUGGCCCGACGGAUGUACGUGGACGCCGGGCUGAGCGUGCCGCACAGCCGCCACUGGCAGCGUCAGGUGCCGGACGUGACGGACCGGCGCCGCGAGCACACAGCCGUCCGCUGGCUGCUGACCGAGUUUGAGCAGGGCCGCGCCACCAGCCGGCCGGCGCUGGCCGCGUACGGCCAGCAGCCGGGCGGCCAGUUCUGGGCGGCGCGGCUGCUGGCGCGCCACCGGCCGCUCGGCCGCCCGCUGGCCACCUGGCAGAUGCAGCUGCCCGAGCCGCUGCUGGCGGAGGCAGAGCACUGGGCCGGCAGGCUGCAGCCGCCGCCGCCGCACGCAGUUGUCGUCAUGGCGGACGUACCCAUCUCAACCAGGCCAGCGCCGUGCGCCGUUUGGAGGUCUGAGGACUCGGAACAUUUGGCCACACUGCUCAUCAGCUGCACGCUGGAAGGAUCCGUACAGCCACCGAUGCUCAUUAUGAAGGGCGGCGGCCGUCAGGUUUACUCGGACAGCAGCGGGCUGCUGACGGCCCAGCAGGAGGACGGACGGCUGGACGCCGCCCGCGCCGGCCUCUGGCUGCAGCUGGUCGGCUGCCGCGGCCCGGCGCAGCUGCUGCUGCUCAACAGCUGCUGCGCGCCGCGGCCCGAGCAGCUGCGCAGCCAGGCGGCCGCUGCCGGCCGACGGGUGGCUCUGAUACCGCCCGGAUUGGCCGCUGCCGCCAACCCGCUCAUGGCCAGCCGGCAGCGACUGAUGCUGGCGAUAGCCACCGCCCUGAGCGAGGGCCGCGCUGACGCUGACCUGCUGGCGGCCGUGAGGGCACAGCUGGCCGACUGGGGCGACCCGGUACAGCUGAGACACGAGCUGGCUAGGGUGGAGCGGCUGUACCGGGCGCCGGGCGGCUGAGGGGCUGCGGGGACUGGCCUACCGACCCGGCAUAGACCAACAGCGGAGAUAGAACUGGGAGGAGACACUAGCCGAUCGUUAGCCCUGAGAACGACCCGCCUACAGCGGCACGGGGAUGUCAGGCGUUUGGACUGCAGUGCGAAGAGAUCAGAGUACCAGAUCAGAAGGGGGAUGGACUCCGGUUUGCGUCUCGAGAUCCUAGAACAGCCUAGGGAGCUGAUCUUCGAAAGAAGGUUUGCCGGAUGAUGGAAACGGAAGGAGGUGCCCAGCUGACCUAGGAGGGAACUUCCGCCCCAGAUGGGUCCAGAACUGCUCGAAACCAAAACUAUCGGCGAUCGGCUAACCUGGACUGGACAACGCGCAAUCUCGGUCCCUCUCAGAGAGGCACGUCAUGCAGCUGAUACAAAGUUGUCUACCGGAACUGCUGACUGACAUCGAACUGCCUGCUGCCCUUUCUGCCAGUGACUCGCGGGUUCGCGUGAGCGUUUUUGAACUGUCGGAGGGUACGCGGAUUGGAUUACUGUGUGCCAGUCGCCACACUGACAUGUGAUGUGGUGGUAAAUACAUGAUUCAAUGAAUGUC